UCAAUCUAGAUUUCUGCUAACUUGAAAGCAUUAAUGGACAAGGAUAAUGGUAAGAUUUUGGUUACUUAUAAGCUGCUUAAAAUGCUAUUCUUUGAGGAGAACCAUAUCAUGAAACAUUUCGGUAUCUAAAAUAUGUGUAUUCGAAAAACUGAUAGAAAAGCUAAAGGAGACCUUCAAGCUUUAUUCUGAAGACAAAGGUGGUUAUAUCACCCAGGGACAAUUUGGAACCAUAAUGCGGUCUCAUCAUCAGAGCCCAACCGAGGCAUCCCUCCAGGAAAUCCUUGACGAAUUUGAAUCUCCUGAUGAAUUAAUCGACCUCCCAAAAUUCCUUAAUCUCAUGUCAAUGUAAUGCAGAGACCAUGACUCACAAGAAGACCUCGAAGAGACCUUCAAACACCCCACUCCAAACAACAACGAAUAACCCCACACAUCCCCACCUGCAUCACCCGACCACUCAUCCCCCAAAUCUUCCAACCAAAAAUUCAAUA